CUGAUUCGAGGGAAAAUUGCCCCUAGUCUAGCUUUUCCAGCGCCGAAAGAACGUCGAAUUGUCGGUGCGAGAAAAACUAUUUUUCUUGUUCUAUUCUCGUCCAGAUAUUCUCUCUCGGUUUUUAAAAAAACGACCCUUCAGGACCUCCAAGUGUGUAGAACAGGACGAUUAUGGACGUAAAAGUAUACUGGGUGUAAUCUUUAAAUGAAGAAGAAAGUUUGUGGGCUGCUUAUUCUUCGGUCGCUAGCCUAAUGUGGAAUCAAUACUGCCGUUUGGGUAAACCAAACGACAAUUGGACGGUAUCGGGUCGCGCCUGGUGGGCAUGCUCCUGUGCGGCGAGUUGCGCGGCUCGCCCCUACUGAACCUGCACUGCGCCCCCCUAUCGCCGGACGCGCUCGGCUCGCGGUCGCCCUUCGUGUCGCUGCUGGCGCUAGUGCAAGGCAUGGCCGCCCUCACCGCCGCCCAGCAGGCCCUAGACGAGGACGUCUUCCUCGAAAAUGGGUUGUUGAGCUACGAGAAUCCGAACUAUCACUUAGGACCUUCGAAGCGUCUGGACGACGCCUUAAAUUCCAACACGGAGAAUCUCUAUGACGAAAUCUACCAGGAACUGGACGACAUUUGCAACAUGGGACACACGGGCGUCAAGUCUUCAGUCAACGGUGGUACGGGACGCAAGGCUUACGCCGCUCUGGACGUGGAGUCGAUGGGCGUAGACAUCACCACCGGUCCCUUAGGUCCGUCCAAUUUGAUAGAUAACAGAAGGAAUGUGGAAUGGAAUGGGAAUACUGACACUACUACAGGAAGAGACAAAAAUAAUAGCUCUACUUAUUGGGAUGAUUUGUGCGACAAAAUGACAGAGAAUGAAGAUUCAGUGCCCCAUAUCGUGGGAGGUUUGACUAACGAUCUUUAUGCCGUACCUGUUAAAAAAUUCAGCAAAUCAUCGAUAGAAAAGUCGAAUGAUAUUAUCAGUCCAGAUGAAGAUUGGGAUAAGGAUAUUUUACCGCCAGGUUGGGAGAAACAUGAAGACAACGAUGGGCCGUACUAUUGGCACAUCAAAAGCGGCACAAUCCAACGAGAGAUGCCCGUGGCAGAUUUCGAAAAGGAAAAGUGCGACUCCAAAGCCAGUUUUAAGGAGAGCGACUUCAUUACGUCUUUCGAGCCGAGCAUGGUGGUAACUAGAAGUAGUACCAGUUCUGCACUGGAUCUCGAUGCGGACGAUAGGAAACGAAAAGAAGAGCUGGCUUUAAAAAGAAGGAGUUUUCCCUCUAAGUCCGACCAGGAAGUGAAAGAGAGGCCGAUCCGAUUCGCUGUGAGGUCACUCGGAUGGGUUGAGAUUGCGGAAGAGGAUCUGACGCCCGAGCGGAGUAGUAAAGCUGUUAAUAAGUGUAUAGUCGAUUUAUCUCUAGGAAAGAACGAUCUUUUGGACGUUGUAGGCAGAUGGGGCGACGGGAAGGAUCUAUUUAUGGAUUUGGACGAAGGCGCACUGAAGUUGUUUGACCCAGAAAACCUAACUAUAUUGAAUACUCAGCCGAUACACACUAUAAGAGUGUGGGGCGUUGGUAGAGACAAUGGACGGGAGCGGGACUUCGCUUAUGUAGCUAGAGAUCGUACGACGCGCAAGCAUAUGUGUCAUGUAUUUCGGUGUGAUAUGCCAGCCAGGACUAUAGCGAAUACGCUGAGAGAUAUCUGUAAGAAGAUUAUGAUUGAGCGUAGUCUUCAGCAAAAUUUAGGCAAGAUGGUGGAUCCAAAUGGUCGUACUAUAGCGACGAGGCCCUGUAAUCUUCCCACGGAACAUCGACGACCUGCUAGGAAUAGCCAGAUUUUUGUUUCUCAGUCCUUUCCAACUCCCAUGGAAGAACCAAAGAAAAUAUUAAAAGCUCAAUACCUAGGUUGCAUUCAAGUUAAUCAGGCGACAGGAAUGGAAGUGUUAAAUGACGCCAUUGACAGAUUAUCAACGGGCGUCACUCCCGAUAAGUGGCAAGCCGUCAACAUAUCCAUUGCACCAUCUAUGAUAUCAGUUCAUCAUCCUACAGACGAUCGUUUACUGGCCGAAUGUAGGGUGAGGUACUUGUCGUUUUUAGGAAUAGGAAAAAAUAUCAAACAUUGCGCCUUCGUUAUGCACACGGCUCAAGACACGUUUAUGGCUCACGUAUUUUACUGCGAACCUUCUUCUGGAGCGCUGUGUAAGACAAUCGAAGCAGCUUGUAAGCUAAGAUAUCAGAAAUGCUUGGAUGCUCAUCCCCAAGGCCUGGGUAGCGGCGGCAGCAACGUAAACACUCCAGGAAGCAGUAUCGGAGCGGCUUUGAAGUCGAUAGUCGGGUCUUUGAGGGGUAGAAAGAGUAAAAGCAUCGAUUCUUGAGAUGAGGCGACUUGUCUACAGCCCAUCAAAGGGAUAAAAAUCUUUGCCCAAAGGAAUCCGAAUCUCCUAUAGAGCGCAGAAUUAUCCGUCGCAACAAAUCCAGUUACUACUUAACUCGAAUAUAUGUAAUCUGAGAUUUGUCUAACUUCAGAAGAAGCUCAGACAUGCUAAACAUCAUCUGUAGGUACCGGAGUGGCUUAAGUACAACCGGAAUAUCAAAAAUGUUUUACUGUAUAUAAAAGUUCUAUUUAAGUCACUCGCUUCACUUAAGUAAUGUUUCACUCUAUUCUUCAAAAAUUGCCUACCAGCUAUAUACUAGCUGUGUUUGUAUAUACAAAAAAAUCAACUAUAAUAAAUUACGUCAAAAUGACUCAAAUCCAGCUAGUAUCUCAAUAUGAGCUUUUGCACUUUCCAGGGUAUUAUUAAGUUAACAUACUAAGAUAUAACUACAUACAAUGUUGGUAAGUGAACGAUAAGAUGUACAUAACUUAAUAAAUUAAUCACAGUACCAAGAAGCAUUUAAUAGCAAUUAUUGUAUGCAAAAUCUUUUUUGCAGUAAUGAAUAGGUUAUAACGUGUAAAGGUAAUCAUAAAUUAUUAAAGUACGUAAAAUGGAAACUGAAUGGGACUAAUCUAUAGUAAUACACAAUUAAAAUAAUUUGCCAUCAGUGUGCAUUAAGCAAUUUGUCCAGUAGCUUUUAAGUUCUGUAAUAUAACUGUCGAACUAUUUUUAUCGCCCAAUGAAAGUCAAUUUAAAAGGGCUCGUUUAAAAGAGCUUUUCUUCCUUAAUGAUAUCCAGUAUAAAUUUUGUUUCCACAAUUCUUUUCGUGGUAGCUAGAGGGCGCUGGUUGACAUCAUAACAGAUAUUGCGCUUUUGCUUAAAAAAAUUAAAUAGGAGGGUAUACUUCUCUUUGCACAGUUAAAUAGAGCACAACAUUUCCAAAAUAUCAGCGCCAAACCCCGCGACUUUCUAUAUUCUCUCUAACCGGAGUUAAUAUAUUAUAUAAUCAUGUUAGGCUGCCGCUUAGGAUUAUACAGGGUGUGCCAGAAAUAAGUGUAGAUAUUUUAACUGGUAGUAUACUUCAACCCCAGA